UCUACAUUUCUGCAUUUUCCCGCCUUUGCCGUAGCGCGAAAGUGUAAUACUUCUUGAAAUUGCAGGAAUGGGAGCUUUCGUUGAUGGAGAAUGGGAGUCUUUAAGCAACAUAUUCACAUUUGAGUCGCCCGAAUUAGGAGCGCAAUUUCUUAGCCAUCCCAGUAGUUCCACAUUUGUUUCCCACUCUAUUGAUUAUGAUAAUUACCUUAACAAUAAUCCUCCAAGCAUUAUGCACCCUAAUCAUAGUAUUAGUGCUAGUAAUAGUUAUGAAAACUGCCAUUUCUUGCUAAAUGAAGAAUUUCCUCCUAUGAACAUAAAUUUGAUGGAUCAAGGAAACCUUAGCGCCUCUUUUGCUUUGGCUUUUCCAUGUGACUUAUAUGUAGAUAAUCAAUCAAACGACUCUCCAAUCGAAGAUAACGAAUCAGACAAUCUUGGCUCACCACUAAGUAUGGAAGCUCAGAUGAAGAGGAAAAGUAAUGCACCAGAAGUUGAAGUAAUUAACGCUGCGCCGAAGAAAAAAGCUCGAGUUUCCAAAGAUAGGAGCAUCGAAUCUAAGAAUAAUGAGGAAGAGAAUGUGGGUGAAGGGGAUAAGUCAGACGAUGAAUCCAAGGUUUCUCAACAUACUAUUUCAGCAGCAAAAGGGAAGAAAAGAGCAAGCAGGGGUACAGCAACCGAUCCUCAAAGUCUUUAUGCAAGGAGAAGAAGGGAGAAAAUUAAUCAAAGGUUAAAAAUCUUACAAAACCUUGUCCCUAAUGGAACAAAGGUUGACAUUAGUACAAUGCUAGAAGAGGCAGUCCAAUAUGUUAAAUUUUUACAGCUUCAGAUCCGGCUGUUGAGCUCAGAUGACUUGUGGAUGUAUGCUCCCAUUGCUUAUAAUGGAGUCGAUAUCAGUGUCUAUAGGCGGAUUUCUCCAUUUCUACUUCCUUGAUUUUUCAAAAUUUUCACAACUCGAACGAUGAAUUUCAUCUCAAAUGUUGAUAUUACAUCUGCUUCGUUCCUGGCCAAGACAAAAAACAUGGAUUAUCAUAAUGCUUAGGUACAAUUUAUUUAGUUUAAAAGAUAAAAUGGAACAAGAAAUUAAAUUAGUAGAUAUAGACAGAUAAUGUAAUAUGUAAUCUGUAAUGUAGUUGAUUUUUAAAGCAAUUGAUUUUAUACCAUUUAAUUUAGAGGCAGCCAAGGCCGGUCACAAAUAUGACGGUGCAGUCUGCAAAGAUAAUGUUGAUGUGUCAUUACUAUUAAAUAC